AUGUUCUUACAAAUUAAGAUCAGAGAACAAGAUCAACCUGCACAGAUGUUUCUUUGGCGAGAAACUAAUCGUGACCAACAACCUAAUACAUAUGUGAUGACAUCAAUGCUUUUUGGUGCGGCCUUAUCACCCUACACCGCUCAAUACGUAAUGCGUAAGAACGCAGCAACAUUUGAGCCCCUCUACCCGAAAGCUGUUAACUCAAUAAAUAGGAAGCAUUAUGUCGAUGAUUACCUUGAUAGUUUUGACAGCAUCGAAGAAGCAAUCGAUAUAGUUAAAGCUGUAGUACAUAUUCACAAAAAAGGGGGAUUUGAAAUAAGAAAUUGGUCAAGUAAUGAGACAAAAUUAUUAAAGGAGUUACCGAACUCAGCACAGAACACCGAGAACAUCGAUCUUACGGUGGGACAGGCACCAGUUGAAAAGACUCUAGGUUUAAAGUGGAAUCCCAUAAUAGAUACAAUAUCCUUCGAUUUAAACUUUAAAAAAAUACCAACAGAUCUCAUACAAGGACAGCGCAUACCAUCUAAACGAGAAGUAUUGAGCAUAGUUAUGUCUAUGUUUGACCCCCUAGGAUUACUAAUACCUUACACCAUUCGCAACAAAAUAUCGCUGCAAGAAAUUUGGCGUAGCGGAAUUACAUGGGACGAAAACCUAAAAACUCGAGACUUUAUUCUAUGGAAAGAAUGGAUCUCUGACCUAGGCAAAAUAAAAAGCUAUCAAAUACCUCGAGCAUAUUGUGGAUCAGCGAUUGUGCCUGAUGAUUUAGAGCUUCAUAUCUUCUGUGAUGCCAGCGAUAAGGCAUAUUCGGCAGUAGCAUAUCUUCGAAGUCAAGAUAAAGAGAACAAAAUUCAGAUUCCUUUCAUUGCUGGAAAGGCGAGGGUCGCUCCAUUGAAGCCAGUAUCAACUCCACGUAUGGAGCUACAGGGAGCGCUGCUGGCUACCCGCUUAGAAGACACAAUCUCGAAGGAACUCGAACUAAAAUUAAACAGGCUAUUCUUCUGGACCGACUCGCGCACUGUGUUGGGUUGGAUACUCUCUGAUUCUCGAAAUAAGUGGUUAUGUUUAAUUCGAAGCACGGCGUUACUGUUAUCUGCAGUGAGAAUAUGCAAAGAUGAAGAAUCUAAAACAUUAACCGCCGAGUACUUGGACAAAGCCGAAGAAGAUGUUUUAAUAAAGGUACAAUUAGAAGAUUUCCGAGAUGAAAUCCAAUCUAUAAUGGAGAAAAAACCAACCCCUAAGGGAAGUCGAAUAAAAGGACUCACUUAUCUAAUCGCUGUAGAUGGGAUCUUAAAGGUAGAUAGUCGUAUAAAGGCAAGCAAAAAUACUCCGGAUACGGUAAAAGCACCAAUAAUACUGGACGGAAAACAUCAUUUAACUCGGCUAUUGGUUCAAUAUUAUCAUGAGCGUUUUCACCAUGGAUCUACGGAAACUGUAGUGAAUGAAUUACGGCAGAAGUAUUGGAUCAUAAAAAUACGCCCGACAGUAAAAUCUGUAGUUUCAUGCUGUAAAUUUUGUCGUUUAAAAUAUGCAAUUGCGGAACAACCCCGAACGGGUGAUAUGCCAGAAGCAAGGCUUGGACACCAUCAACGGUCCUUUACCUACUGUGGGGUUGAUUAUUUUGGACCGAUGCAGGUGACUAUUGGACGAAGACGUGAGAAGCACUGGGAAGUUCUCUUCACAUGCUUGACCACUCGAGCAGUACAUCUGGAACUGGCAUCCUCUUUGUCCACUGACUCAGCGAUUAUGGCUCUUCAGAGGAUGAGUAACCGGCGGGGAACUCCGUCUGAAAUACAUUCAGACAACGGUACUAAUUUUACCGGAACAAACAAGGAAUUAAAAAAUGCUAUUAAAGACAUAGAUCUCGAGAAAUAUAAAAAUCACUUAACUAAUUUAAGAAUAACAUGGCGAUUCAUCCCGCCAAGUGCACCACAUAUGGGUGGUAGCUGGGAGAGACUUGUUAGGAGUGUAAAGAGAGCAUUAUCCACAACCUUAAACGAAAAAGCACCAAAGGAAGAAGUUUUAAAGACCCUACUCACAGAAGUGAAGCACACUGUGAAUAGCAGACCACUAACCCAUGUCUCUGUUGAUCACCGAGAUCAGGAAUCACUCACUCCGAACCACUUCUUAAUAGGAAAUGGGGUGAAUUCAGUUCAGAAGAUCUGA